ACCUGGUGUCGUUCGGUCAAUUUUAAGAUCACAGCUGAGAUGGACGGUCGUCACAUCUGUGAGCUGAUAGCUACUGAUAACUAUACCAACACAAAGUAUUUGAAACAGGACGAGAAAUUUACUCAUUUGAACAUCAAGAAUCCGUGUGAAGACGAGCCAUGUCUUAACCAAGGAAUGUGUAUACCUUAGAUAAACGGGAUGGACUAUCGCUGCAAAUGUAAGGAAGGAUACACUGGAAGCAACUGCCAAAAUGAAAUACGAGACUGUUCAGAUCUCUACAAGAAUGGCGAAAGACGUAACGGAGUGUACACCAUCAAACCAGACAGUCAAGGAACCUUUCAAGUCUACUGUGACAUGACAACUGACGGAGGGGGGUGGACAGUGUUACAGAGAAGACAAGAUGGAUCAGUAGACUUUUAUCUUUACUGGCAGCCGUACAAAACAGGUUUUGGGAACCUGAAUGGCGAGUUUUGGCUGGGCAAUGACUACAUCCAUCGACUGACUGCAAGAACCCCCUCGACAUUGCGCGUGGAGCUGGAGGACUGGGCAGGAAUAAGGAAGUAUGCCAAAUAUGGUAGUUUUAGUGUUAAUGGUGAGUCAGACAACUACAGGAUGAGUGUAGGUUCGUAUUCAGGUAAUGCAGGAGACUCACUGAGAUACCAUAACAACAUGUUAUUCACUACGAGAGACAGGGAUGAUGAUCCUAAAGGAAGUGAGAAUCGUGCUAUUUCUUACACUGGUGCCUGGUGGUACAAUGGUUGCCAUUCUUCAAAUCUGAACGGUCGGUAUCUUGGCAAUGUAAUGAAUCCAAAGGGUGUCAACUGGAAAUCGUUUCACGAUAACCGUAUAUCCCUGAAAUUCACUGAGAUGAAAAUGCGGCCUCAAAUAUUCUAAGAUGGGUUAAAUCAGAAGACUGCCGAUACUUGGACACUUACAAGACCUGCGGAGAGUAAAAAUAACACAAAACAAAGGUGGACAAGUUUGUUUCUGAUUUCUUUAAAAAAAUAUAAAGUAGAAUAGCAGUUCUUUUGGAUAGCGAGCGGAAGAAAGAGACAGUGUGUACGCAAGUAAUUUAAAUACCAGAUCCUAAAAGUCUGUUGUAUGAUAACAUGUUGUUGUGGUAGCAUAAUAUACAGCAAAGCAAAGUAAUAAUAGGGCUACAUGGUUAUAGAGAACACUAUAGAAAGAGUUCAGUAGAAAGAGUCGAAAUAUAAUUAAAGCAGUGUCGCUGCUAAAGUUUUUCAAUUCUUGGGAUGUAUUUCAAGUAACUGAUGCAUAUAUAGCCGUCAUGUUUGCCGUUGAAUCAAUAUCAAUUGAUUACUCUGUUUAUUUUGUUCUCUUGCUCAAGAGAAGAGCACAAAACCAAACUAUAAAACAGCUUCGAAAAUAAUUAGUAUAUUAGUUUGGUUCUAUAACACGUCAUACGUCCAGCGCGUCCUGUAACCAGUGAGCGGUAGCUUACAAAAAUCCCAGGAUAUUUUGAUGAAAUAAAAGAGUUAAAUGGAAUAAUUUAUUCAGUUGGAUGUAAUAAUGUUACGAGCGCUGGCCAUAAUUAUGACCAGAAUAAUGUAUUAUCACUAACUGUUAACUAGUAAAAAAAAAAGGUUAUUUGUCAGUUAUCUAGAUUUUUUUUGGCCAAAUAUUGUCAGUUAACUACAAGCCCCAUUGGCACUCUCUCAUGACACAAGUCACCUACUGCGCCAACUUUGCAGCCUUUUUUUCAUGCUUGUAAAUCGUCUUCUCACUUAGCGUGACGCGGUGGAUGUUUAAGAAAUGUUGCUGUAAUAUAAACCUGUAUUGGAAAGAUAUGUAGGAUGACAUGAAUGAAUAAAAGAAGUAGGUAAAUACAA